UAUUCCGAUAUUUCCUUCGAGGAGUUAAUCAUGGCGAAUGCGCUUAGGGCUGUAUUAAGACAACUUCUAACGCAAGUAAAAAGGUGAGAGUACAGCAAGAUCCUGGAGCGAAAACCAUGGGGUCGGAGGUGGAGGUAUCAGAGCCGUUGCUUUCGGGGACCAACAAGAUCAGUACCUUUCCGUCGGAACGGGUGCCGGAAUGGAAGGACCAGAUAACGAUCAGAGGGUUGGCCGCCAGUGCCAUGCUGGGGACUCUGUUUUGCAUCAUUACGCAAAAGCUCAAUCUGACGGUCGGUAUCAUCCCGUCUCUGAACGUCGCCGCUGGCUUGCUGGGAUUCUUCUUCGUGAAAUCGUGGACUGGUUUUUGGUCCAGGUUAGGAUUUCAGGUUAAGCCUUUCACGAAGCAAGAGAACACAGUGAUCCAGACUUGCGUGGUCGCUUGCUAUGCCGUUGCUUGUAGCGGGGGUUUUGGUUCAUAUUUAAUUGCAAUGGAUGAGAGAACAUAUAACCUUAUCGGUGUGGAUUACCCUGGUAACCGUGCAGAAGAUGUUAAGAACCCAGGGUUGCUGUGGAUGAUUGGUUUUCUAUUUGUUGUCAGCUUCAUUGGGCUUUUUAGUCUUGUUCCACUAUGUAAGGUCAUGAUCAUGGAUUAUAAACUUACAUAUCCUAGUGGAACAGCAACAGCAGGGUUGAUAAAUAGCUUUCACACCAACAAUGGAGCUGAGCUUGCAGGCUAUUUCCCUUAUACUUGGGGAUGGACUAUACAACUUGAUCAAGAUAAAGGAAAUGUGCAAUACAGGCACCAAACAGAGCGGCCUUCCAAUUAUGAUGAUACUUUGAGAAUACUAACAGAGCAGAGACAAAAAGACGAGACAUUCCUUAAAGACAGGAUACCUUCCUGGUUUGCAGCUUCAGGAUAUGUGGGUCUGGCUGCUAUAUCAACAGCUACCCUUCCAGUCAUCUAUCCACCCCUAAAGUGGUAUCUGGUUCUUUGUUCAUGCAUUAUUGCCCCUGCCCUUGCCUUCUGCAACUCUUAUGGAACGGGACUCACAGACUGUAACUUGGCUUCAACUUAUGGAAAGAUCAGUCUUUUCAUCAUAGCUUCAUUAGUUGGAAGCAACGGUGGCGUUCUGGCUGGUUUGGCAGCAUGUGGGGUUAUGAUGUCUAUUGUCUCCAGUGCAGCUGAUCUAAUGCAGGAUUUCAAGACUGGUUACCUCACUCUAUCAUCAGCCAAGUCCAUGUUUGUGAGCCAGUUAGUCGGAACAGCCAUGGGCUGUGUCAUUGCCCCUCUCACAUUCUGGUUGUUUUGGACUGCUUUUGAUAUUGGGUCACCUGAUGGUCCAUACAAAGCACCCUAUGCUGUCAUUUUCAGGGAAAUGGCCAUUCUUGGCGUUGAGGGUUUCUCACAGCUCCCAAAACAUUGUCUGGCUUUAUGUUGUGGGUUCUUUGCAGCCGCUCUUGUUAUUAACCUCCUUAGAGAUGUGACUCCAAAAAGAGUUUCACAGUUCAUUCCGAUUCCUAUGGCCAUGGCAAUUCCAUUUUAUCUUGGAGCUUAUUUCGCGGUCGACAUGUUUAUUGGGACUGUAAUAUUAUACAUCUGGGAAAGGAUUAAUAGGAAGGAUGCUGAGGAUUAUGCCGGGGCAGUGGCUUCUGGUUUAAUCUGUGGUGAUGGAAUAUGGACGCUACCAUCAGCUAUUCUCUCGAUUUUCAGGAUCAACCCACCCAUCUGCAUGUACUUUGGUCCUUCUUCAACUAGUUGAGCUGGGUAACCAGUGGCCGGAUCAAUAUUUCAUGAAUGGGGUGUUGAUUUAAACACAAGAUUAAUUGGAUUAUAAUCCGUAAUAUAUCUCAUUCACAGAC